GUCCUGGAAACUGUGUCUCUAAUCCGUUCUUAGAGGAAGAGGCUUAGGGAGACUCCAGGUUGUGUGUCAGACAUUUACUCACACACACUCACACAUACACACUCGGGACAAACUCAACAGGACUUGAUUUAUUUAUUGAUCUUAUUUAUUGAUCUUAUUUAUUGAUUAUACUUGAAGUUUCUUUUGUAGUUUGAUUAACAGCUCUCCUCAGUCAGCUGAUGCUGUCAUGUCGGUGUGUGAGUGUGCGAGUGUGUGAGUGUGUGUUAACCAGGAGGACAUUUUGAACCUGACCUGCUCCUCUUCCUCUUCUUCUCUUCAUCCUUAUUGUUAUCAAACGAGACACCAUGAAGGACCGCCUGGCUCAGCUCAAAGAGAAGAGUGAUGGCGGGGAUGACGUUGUUGUUCCUGUUGAGAGCGAGGCGUUCAUGGACGACUUCUUUGCUCAGAUCGAAGAUAUCCGAGGCAGCAUCGACAAGAUCGACGAGAGUGUGACAGAAAUCAAAAAGCUUUACUCCACCAUCCUGUCAGCUCCUACAUCUGACCAGAAGACUCAGGAUGACGUCGAGGCUCUCACCAACGAGAUCAAGAAAUCUGCAAACAAUGCACGAAACAAACUCAAGAGUAUUGAACGUCAGCUGGAGUCGAACACAGAUGAGAGAGCCUCAGCUGAUCUCAGGAUACGGAAAUCACAGCAUGCAAUUCUGGCCAAGAAGUUCGUGGAGGUAAUGACGAAAUACAACGAAGCUCAGGUCGACUUCAGAGACAAGAGCAAAGGACGCAUCGCCCGCCAGCUGGAAAUCACGGGUAAAGCUACAACUGAUGAAGAAUUGGAGGAGAUGCUGGAAGGGGGAAAUGCUGCUGUGUUCACCGCAGGGAUCAUGGACUCUAAGAUCAACCAGCAGGCUCUGAAUGAGAUUGAGGCUCGACACAAAGACAUCAUGAGGCUGGAGAGCAGCAUCAAGGAGUUGCACGACAUGUUCGUGGACAUCGCCAUGCUGGUGGAGAACCAGGGGGGAAUGAUUGACAGGAUUGAGGGUAAUAUGGACCAAUCAGUGGGCUUCGUGGAGCGGGCAGUGGCUGACACCAAGAAGGCAGCAAAGUUCCAGCAGGAAGCGAGAAGGAAACAAAUGAUGAUCUUCUGCUGCAUGGUCAUUCUGGCCCUCAUCGUCGGCUCCUUCCUCUACAGCUUCAUCAAAUAAACACCUGUCCCCUCCGUAGGACACUCUGUAGGGCACUCUUUAGGGCAUUCUGUAGGACACUCUGUAGGACACUCUGUAGGGCACUCUGUAGGCAUUCUGUAGGACACUCUGUAGGGCACUCUGUAGGGCACUCUGUAGGACACUCUGAAGGGCACUUUGUAGGGCACUCUGUAGGCGUUCUGUAGGACACUCUGUAGGGCACUCUGUAGGCAUUCUGUAGGACACUCUGUAGGGCACUCUGUAGGGCACUCUGUAGGGCACUCUGUAGGACACUCUGAAGGGCACUUUGUGGGGCACUCUGUAGGCGUUCUGUAGGACACUCUGUAGGACACUCUGUAGGACACUCUGUAGGACACCUGUUGAGACCUUAAGUCACAGGAAGGAAUUGAUGAACACCGGAGGACACAUGAACCAGCAGCAUGAGGACGAAAUAUUCACAUUUUUCUGAAACAACAUGUCGUCUCUCUGACGGAGCAAACCCAAGCUGCACAGAGAAGCCCCGCCCCCACUGCCCUUGUUUUCUUAUAUUGAGUUAGUGAUAUUGAGUUAUAGUUAAUAGACGUUGGUUAGAAAUGAAACAGACUUGGAGGUGUUAACCAGCUUUAGAUCUUUGUUGUUAUGUUACAAACAUUGUUUUUGUGUGUGUGUGUGUGUGUGUGUGUGUGUGUGUGUGUGUGUGUGUGUGUGUGUGUGUGUGUGUGUAUGUGUGUGUGUGUGUGUAUUUUGCCCUCCUUUUUUAAUACUCCAGCUGUUUUCAAAGAUCUUGUUCUUGUUUUAUUUGUUGUGGUCUUAAACGUCCUUAUUGAUCGCUCAGCAUACACACAAACAUGUUUACACCCACACACCCACACACACACACACACACACACACACACACACACACACACACACACACAAAUACAAAGACACGCUGCAGGAGUGUAUCAGUAUGUCUGUAUGAAUCAUCUUUAGUAUCUGCGUCCACACAGUUAAUAGUUCUCUGAUAAAGAGAUCAUUUCACCGGCCUCAGUAUGAGGUACGACUGUUUCUAUGUUUGUUCUUUAAAGCCACGUACAACUGUCUGAUGCUGAGUCAGAUCCCAGAAAACAGCUGAUGAUAGUAUGGGUGACCAAGGAGUAACAGAUUAAUCUGUUAGGAUUUGCCUGCUCAGGGCUUCCAUAUUUUCAGACCACUUAAAGCUCCAGUCAGGUGUUUUUAGCUGCUUAUGAAACAGACAGAGCGUCUACCAGAGGAGUGACUGUUUGUAUACAGGUGAGAGUAGAACCACAGGAGCUGUUCUCCAGCUGUUCUCCCUUUCAUUCACGGAUCAUUACAGAAAACACUGUUUUAAUCUCAGCUGCUUAUUAAAGUAUUAUUCAGUUUAUUCGUUGGUAUCAGUCCUGAUGACACCAGAGAGCGUUGUGUAUGUGGACUCAGCGUGUGUUGCUGCCUGCUGACGUACAGCUGGAUUCAACACAUCAGCUGCUGAUGGAGGGACCUUCAUCAGAUCACACAUGGGUUAUAGCAGCAGCCUGAUGAUUUACAUUGAAACAGAGACUUUAUCUGGCACAUGUUGGUGAUGAAUAGCAGGGGGACAUUCUUCUACCAUGUUACAUUAAACAGCUCUCUCGUCCUCUGGAGACUGGUCCUCUGGAGACUCAUCCUCUGUGGACUCGUCCUCUGGAGACUCGCAGCAGGAAACACCUCAGGUGCUUCCACACGCCUCCUGCACCUGUGUCACGAUUAGCUUCAUUGAACUCUUCAGGUGUGUGAGCUGCCAAACACACACUCUGUGGAGGACAUGAUGAGGAAACAUCCACAGCUGCUCCGUCAGACGGCCAACGACUGAAACACAUCGGAUGAUCUCAGAGCAUGGAGAGACACCUGACACCUGUUACCUUCACAGCCGGGCUGAAGGGCGGACAGAGGACGCAACGUUCCUCAUGAAACCUGAUUGGUUUCACCUUACUGGAGGCGGGACUUAUUUAAAAGCAUCUUCAUCUGUUUUAGAAACACCUGUAUGUCAACAGGCAGGUGUGUAGGUGAGGACUCCUGCAGUCUAUCAUAUGUAUUCACCUUCAUCUCUCCCCUGGUUCACAAUCGUUCAGAUAACUUUAAGUCCUUUAAACUAGGGCCCCGGACUAACAUCCCUGAUCCUAACCCUGAACCAGGAGAACCAGGACAAUCAUCUGACGUCACUCUGACCCUCCCCAAACUUUACACAUGGUGCUCUGUUUGAGUGUGUGUGUGUGUUUGUGUGUGUGGGUGGAAUAAAGGACCCAGACUGUCAUGACUGUACCUGGUUUUGCUGAAAUUUGGGUCCAGGUUCUGUUCCUGUAUGGUCCUGGUUCUGUUCAUGUUUGGUCCUGGUUCUGUUGAUGUUUGGGCCAUGGUUCUGUUCAGCAAUGGCGCUGGUUCUGUUCAUGUAUGGUCCUGGUUCUGUUGAUGUUUGGGUCCUGGUUCUGUUCAUGUAUGGUCCUGGUUCUGUUGAUGUUUGGAUCCUGGUUCUGUUCAUGUGUGUAAUGACAGUAGAGCCCGUGUUUAGAGCUCCUUCUGUACUGAUUUCUGAUGUUUGUUGUAAACUCUUUUAAUAAAGGUGUGUUUGUUUGUUAUGUA